AUGUAUCAUGUGUGGUGUGACGGACGAGGCGUCCUCGGAUGCGCGGAGAAAGCGGCGUUGUGUGACCCGCGAACACCGCCCCGCCCCGCCCCGCCCCGCCCCACCUACACCUCCGCCGUUCCCGCCGGCACCGGGCCAGGCAAAACACCAGGAGGCAGAGUGGACGGUAAGCUCUUCUCAUUGGACGCCAAUUUGUUCUUAGAGCGUCAUGAACUGAACAAAAGUCUGACUGCGACCCUUCUCGUAUCGGCAUUGGGCUGCGUUGUCGGCGCGGCGUCUUCCGUCUAUUCUGGAGUUGCACCCCAAAACGCUGAAGCCUUCGGUGUCUCUGAGGUCGCCGCAUCGCUUGUAACCGGAAUCUAUUUACUUGGGUUCGCCGCCGGUUCCCUCGUUAGCGGCCCUCCCUCCGAAGUUCUUUGCCGGAAUCUGGUCUACGUGAGCUCGUCGACGCUCUUCAUCAUCUUCGUCAUGGCCUCCGCCUUGGCACCAAACUUUGGCGCACAGCUCGCCUUCCGCUUCCUGUCUGGUGUAUUUGGUUGCCCGCCCCUGACUUGUGCAGGCGGUACCAUAGCUGACCUGUGGAACCCGUUGGAAAAGACAAUGUACUUUCCCGUCUAUGCAAUCAUUUCUUUCUGCGGUCCUGCAACGGGUCCUUUGAUCGCAUCCUAUAUCGGCAAAACAGAUGUACUUUCUUGGCGGUGGGCGGGCUGGGUUGUCACAAUCAUGUCCGGUGCCGUCUUAGUCUUGAUCAUAUUUUUUCAGCCCGAGACCUAUUCGCCAUUGCGCUUGAGUUGGAGAGCCAAGCAUCUCAGACCCGUUAUUGGCGAUCGGCGAUUUUGUUGCGAGAUGGAUACGGACCACAUCUCUCUUGUUCACCGCUUUGGAAGGGCCAUGAGAAACUAA